AUGGCAGUCUCACCAGAUGAAGUCCUUGCAGUGACUGCAGAACGUGGGCUGUUUGAAGAACCUGGGGAUGAACUUGUGAUCCUUGACGGCGUAGACAUUCUUCUUCUUCAGGGCUCCCUUCCGGCCCCGGUGUUUCAUGGGGGUUUCCCCAUUCAGGCGCACCAGGCGAUUGUGGUGGGAGCAAGGAAGGAUGGAUGGCUGGAGCAUGGUCGGCAACGCGCCUGCGCGCAUGCUUCUAGCUUCCGUGACUCAUCUCCUCAUGGGCUGAAGCAGGCAGUAGGGAGCCGCCAUCCAGGCCAGUUGGGCCUUCCUCCCACAAUGGAGCUCCCUGAGUUGAAAGUUAGCAAACUUGAUUACAUUGAAACGCUUACAGGAAACAAGGUCUGCAAGCAGUCACAUGUGUAUGCAAGUCAGAACAUUGUGCUCACUGGUAAGAAUAUCAUCAUGGAGGACAGCAUUGUCAGGGCAGACCUGGCCAACAUUCGUACCGGGAGGUACUGCAUUCUCAGCAAGGCAGCAGUGAUACGGCCUCCUUUCAAGAAAUUUAGUAAAGGAGGUGCAUUCUUUCCCAUGCAUAUUGGAGACCAUGUUUUCAUUGGGGAGAAUGCUGUAGUCAGUGCUGCCACCAUUGGUUCUUAUGUCUACAUUGGAAAGAAUUGUGUGAUUGGUCGUCGAAGUGUGCUGAAAGACUGCUGCAUGAUUGAAGAUAAUACCUACAUUCCUCCUGAGACCACAGUGCCUUCUUUCUCAAUGUAUUCUGGGAACCCUGGAAAGCAAACUGGUGAAGUGGCUGAGUGCAUGGAGCACAUGAUGGUGGACUUCACUAAAAGUUUUUAUCGGUGCUUUAAACUAGAUCCUGAUGUUCCUCCUGUCUUCACUAUAACUCCACCAAAGACAAAAUCUUGAGUUUCCUUGCUGGACAGAAGGGGAAUGUGUUUAUCUUAUUUUCUAUUGUCUUGUGCCCAUGGUAUAUUAUUAUAUGGAAGUUUCAUAAGAAAUGAAUUUUCCACAAGUAUUGCAAUCCUUAACUGUGUUUAUUUUCAGUUCCUGUUUAGUUUCAGCAAAACCUCUUCAUGCAUUUGCUUGCUUUUAACUUUUACACCAACAUUAACAAGAGUUUUAUG